UUCAAUCCAUCAAACAAAGAGAAAGACUGAAAAAGAAGGUUUGGGCGAGAGAGAGAGAUCGAGAAAGGGAAAUGGAAGAACUGAGCGAGGAGGAAAGGAGAGCUCUUCGAGGCAGCAAAUUCGCCCCCCUCCCUUCCCUGCCACCCCUACCUCCUCGUUCACAACCCAGAUUGGCACACCCAGGAGGACCAUUGAGGACGAACAAGGCAGCGGCACUGGCGAAAUUUCUAGAAAGAAAGCUAAAGGAGCCCACCGGAUUGGCCUCCAUCAACUCCGAUCUUCUCCAACUCGCCGUCCAAAAUGCCAAACAAACCGUCCUUUCCGGUGGUACUUCGAAUUCAAGGAGCACCAUUCAACAUGUAGACUCCUUCAGCGACUCUGAGAUGGGUAAAAGUUGUUGGCAGGAUUCUUCUGAAGAAGGAAAUAUGAAAACCUCUGAGUUGAAGAAGUUGAAGAAGAAGAAGAAGAAGAAGAAUAAGAAGAAGAAAGAGAUGAAGAAAAAUAAAAAACGAAAGAUGGCGGAGGAACCUGGAUUUGCUAUGAUCAAAAAGCCCAAACGAAAGUCCAAACUUUGAUUGGAAUAAACUAAUGAGAAAUGGGUUUUACCUGAAAAAUCAAUUAGAGGUUACCAGGGAAGUGGAAGCCAUGGUGUGUUUGAUUGUGUGAACCAGUCACUUAUCCACCGAUUUUUUUAGGACUUUUUAAGUGCAACUGACCUCAAGACAAGCCAAUAUGCAUUUAUUUUUUGUUACAUAUUGCUUGUAGUGCAAGAGUCACUGCUUGGUAGACCUGGAAUUAUUUUGUACUAGGAAACUAUUUUUGUUCUCUUCUAGGGCAGUGAAUGAACUAGACUGUAUGCCAACACGCUCCGGAACGACUCAUAUAAGCUCGACCUGAACUUGGUUCAUUUAAUAUAUGAGUGGUUUGUGAACACAAAAUAUGAUUGAUUUUUAAAUGAGAAUAUUCGUAUAAACUUGGCUUGACUUGAA